CGGCGCCCCGCCCACGCCGUCCCCGUCCCCGAGCCCGCCGGCCACCCUCUGCGGCCGGCUCUCCAACGGGAGCCUGACGGCCCCCAGCCCCACCGACUCGCGGGGGUCCAUCCUCGGAGUCUCCUUCCUGGUUCAGAUCGGACUCACCAGGGAGACGGUCACCCUGGACUCCGGAGACCACUCGCUGGCCGCCGUCAGGGAGCUCGUCUGCUCCAUCGUGGACCAGAAGUUCCCAGAAUGUGGAUUUUUCGGGAUGUACGAUAAGAUCCUGCUCUUUCGCCACGACCUGACCUCGGACAACAUCCUGCAGCGCCUGACGUCGGCGGAGGAGAUCCACGACAACGACCUGGUGGAGGUGGUGCUCUCCGCUCUCGCCACGGCCGAGGACUUCCAGAUCCGGCCUCACGCGCUCUACGUUCACUCCUACAAGGCGCCGGCCUUCUGCGACGACUGCGGCGAGAUGCUGUGGGGGCUCGUCAGACAGGGCCUCAAGUGUGAAGGAUGCGGCCUGAAUUACCACAAGCGGUGUGCGUUCAAGAUCCCCAACAACUGCAGCGGGGUCAAGAAGAGGCGGCUGUCCAACGUCUCGCUGCCGGGCGCCGCCGGCAUGUCCGUCGCCCGGCCGCCGGCCGCCGAGCUCACCCCGGCGCAGCAGCAGGAGGAGCGCCCCCUCCUGGGCGCCGGGAAGCGUAACUCCCUGCUGAGCGGCCGUCCCAUCUGGAUGGAGAAGAUGGUGCUGGGCCGGGUCAAAGUGCCCCACACCUUCUCCGUCCACACCUACACCCGGCCCACCAUCUGCCAGUUCUGCAAGCGCCUGCUGAAGGGCCUCUUCCGCCAGGGCAUGCAGUGCAAAGAUUGUAAAUUUAACUGCCAUAAGAGAUGUGCGGCCAAAGUACCUCGCGACUGCCUCGGGGAGGUCGACUUUAACGGAGAACCGGCCUGUCCCAGUCUGGACUCCGAGGCGACGAUGGAGGUGGACAACUGCGACGCCAACAGCGACGGCGGCCACAGCUUGGACGAGCAGGACGACAAGCUCUUCCUCAUCGAGGGCGAGAAGGACGACGAGGCGCCCAGAGCCAUCAGCCCGUACACCAGCAGCAACAUCCCUCUGAUGCGAGUGGUUCAGUCCAUCAAACACACCAAGAGGAAAAGCUGCACGAUGGUGAAAGAGGGCUGGAUGGUCCACCACACCAGCAGCGACAACAUGAGGAAGAGGCACUACUGGAGGCUGGACAGCAAGAGUCUGACUCUGUUUCAGAAUGAAAGUGGAGCCAAGUUUUACAAGGAGAUCCCGCUGUCCGAGAUCCUGCAGGUGGAGCCGGCGCGGGACUCGUGCCGCCCGCCGCAGGGCCGCAACCCGCACUGCUUUGAGGUGAUCACGGCCAGCGUGGUGUACUACGUCGGGGAGAACGGCGGCGCUCCGGCGCUGACCGGCGUGGGGCGGGACGUCGGCAACAGCUGGGAGAAGGCGGUGCGACGGGCGAUGAUGCCCGUCACGCCCAAGGCCAGCGUCGGCACGGGGCCCGGCAAGGACCACAAGGAAGUCUCCAUCAGCAUAUCAGUGUCCAACUCCCAGAUACAAGAAAAUGUGGAUAUCAGUUCAGUGUAUCAGAUCUUUGCCGACGAGGUCCUCGGCUCCGGGCAGUUCGGGAUCGUCUACGGAGGUAAACACAGAAAGACCGGCAGAGACGUGGCGAUCAAAAUCAUCGACAAGAUGAGGUUCCCCACCAAGCAGGAGAGCCAGCUGAGGAACGAGGUGGCCAUCCUGCAGAACCUGCACCACCCGGGGAUCGUCAACCUGGAGUGCAUGUUCGAGACGCCCGAGCAGGUGUUCGUGGUGAUGGAGAAGCUCCACGGCGACAUGUUGGAGAUGAUCUUGUCCAGCGAGAAGAGCCGGCUGCCCGAGCGCCUCACCAAGUUCCUGGUCACGCAGAUCCUCGUGGCCCUCAGGCAUCUCCACUUCAAGAACAUCGUCCACUGUGACCUGAAGCCGGAGAACGUCCUCCUGGCCUCGGCGGAACCCUUCCCUCAGGUGAAGCUCUGCGACUUCGGCUUCGCCCGCAUCAUCGGGGAGAAGUCGUUCCGCCGCUCCGUGGUCGGCACGCCGGCCUACCUGGCGCCCGAGGUGCUCCGCAGCAAAGGCUACAACCGCUCCCUGGACAUGUGGUCGGUCGGCGUCAUCGUCUACGUCAGCCUGAGCGGCACGUUCCCCUUCAACGAGGACGAGGACAUCAACGACCAGAUCCAGAACGCCGCCUUCAUGUACCCGUCCAACCCCUGGAAGGAGAUCUCGGAGCGCGGCGGGGCCACGGACCUCAUUAACAACCUGCUGCAGGUGAAGAUGAGGAAGCGCUACAGCGUGGACAAGUCGCUGAGUCACCCCUGGCUGCAGGACUACCAGACCUGGCUGGACCUCCGGGAGUUCGAGACGCGGCGCGGCGAGCGCUACAUCACCCACGAGAGCGACGACGCCCGCUGGGAGGAGCACGCCGACGAGAGAGGCCUGCACUGCCCCGAGCACUUCAUCAUGUCGCCCAACCUGGACGACAUGGACGAGGACCCCUAGCGCCCCCCCACCCGGGGUCGGGUAGAAACACUUUAAACGUGGAAGCAAGCGCUCCCCGAGGCGGCGCGGCGUUUCCUCGCUGGACGGCGUUGGGAGGCGGCGGUUCGGUGUCUGUGUGACGACACUGUGACGAUGAAUCAGGGCCAGAGAAUUUUUAUUAAGGAACAUUAUUUCACUGCGAUUGUUAUUUUUUCUUUCUUUCCACAAGCCAUAACAAAUGAGCCCUUAAGAGCCAAAAGCUGGAGGGAAAUUUUAUUCCCAGAAUUCAACAAUCAAUAAAAUAAAGAAGGGCUAUUAGCUUAAAACCAACAAAUCCAGAGCUUUUAUAUACUGUUUCAGCACAAAUAGCAUAUUUUUAUGAUGUCGUUGUUACGUUUUAGAUCUCAUGAAGACGUGCAGAGAAUUUUUUAUGUGAUGCUAACACCAAAAAAAACAAAACAUGUUACACUUGGUUAUGUUCUGAAUAUAAUGUUUAUUCUUCUUCUUGUUCUUUGUUGGGAGAUAUUUGCACUAUUGGGAGAAUUCACUGAUAAUAAUCUUGUUUUUCUUCCUGAUCUGUGAAACUCAACAGAAACCUAAAUUAUUGGAUGGCUGAAACUGGAUUCUUAAGUCCUGAACAGAGCAUCAACUUCCCGUUAGUUGUUGGGCAUGUUAACAUGCUAUCACAUGACCUUAGCAUGCUAACACGUAUUGAUAUGUGUUAGCAUGCUAACACGUAAGAAUGUGAAAGAACACACUUCAGGGGUUUUUAGCCUGGGAUUUAUUUUCAUAGUUCGGAUUAUAACUCAUGUUACAACUCACAACUUCUGUUGCAUUGUCACACGCUAACCUUAGCAUGCUAACAUGCUAAUUAUGCCAAUAAGAACAAUUCAGGUAUUUUAUGUCACGAAAAACGUCUUAAAUAUUUCAGGUCAGCUUUUAAAACUUAAAUGUUAAAUAAAUUAUUUUAAAGUUAUUUUAAAAGCUAAUCUAAAAGUAGCUUUCUAGAUUAGCGGAUUUCGGAGCUAACCGCAUACUUUUUACGGACAAUUCACCAGCCAACUUAACUAGCAUUGAGGUGAUGUCAGUACGAUGCUACAUUUAGCAUCUUAGCUUGUUAGCAUGUUGACGAUACACGUUAUAACUUGCUAACUUUAAGCAUUUUGAUAUCCGUCUUUUAUUAUUAUUACGGGAUUAUGAUGGGAAUCUGUGUUUAUAUUAAGUUAAGUUUAUUCUACAAACAUUAUAGUUUUGAUGAAGACGAGCUGAGAAUCGAGCCGCUGUCGUCCGUCUUCGUCUUUCUGCAGCGUCGGUGAUCCUGAGAAUUUAUUUCGCAAGUUUUAUAUUUUUGGAAGAAAUGUUUGUGUCACAUGGACCAUUAUUAAUGGGGGGAAUAUUAAAUAUUAAAUGGUUUACUUUGGGGAAAAUAAAUCUCAUUUUACGUCCUCGUUAUUCAAA